AGAAAGAAACACAACGAAGUUAGACAGAGUCUCACUCUCUCUCUCGCAACCCUUCCUUCCUUGCUGUCCGUCCGUCCGUCCUGCCUUCUUCCGGCCUCUGUCCUUCCCCCGCGUUGCCUUCGUUUCUCUCUUGUCAGGUGAUUGUCAAGUGCUAAGAUGGAACAAGAAGCAGAACAACCUGUUCCAGUUCAAGGAGGAAGCUCAGACAGUUUGGAAUCAGAUCGAGUCAGUCGGGUAAGGAAGCUGCUGUUUCGCCAAAUGUUGGUUGGGAUCAAAGAUGGAAGAUUCUUCUUGGGUAACUUCUAUUGCAUGGACAAGCAAGGGAAUAUUAUUCUUCAGGAUACUGUGGAGUAUCGUAGCACUCGACGCUCGUCUCCUUCUCCAAUGGAACAGAGGUGCAUUGGUCUUAUUCUUAUUCCUUCUUCUUGCCGCAUGUCAUGUCAUGUGGAUUGCUCUGUAGAUGAACAAUUGUCACUUCUAUCACUUUACAAAACAUGAGUACUUUUGGGGGUUUCAUUUGUUCCAUUGAUGAAUUAUCAAUGGAAUUUGAGAUUUCAGUAUGUUGUUUUAGAAUAUAAGAUUGGUACGCUUGCUUAAGCUUUCAAUAAUGAAGAAAUGAUUAGGGUUUCCCAUGAGUGUAAAAUGUUACGGUUCAUUUGAGUGGAGAUAAAAAUAUAACUAUGUUGGAAUGGUGACAUUACAUGGCUUCUAUAUCUUUUAGCUGCUUUAUUCUUGCCAAUGCCUUCUUUUCCCUUCAAAUUUAUUGUAAAUUUGUAAUUAUCCUAAACUUCACGGGGCCUGUAUUGUAAUUGAGAAUUGAGAUGCUGAGUUUGAUAUAUCAAACUUCAACUAAAUGUAUUCCGAUGUGACUGUGAUGAAAAUUUGUAUCCUGGAAA